GGGGCCACGUGAGGGGCGGGGAAAUGAGGCUGCCGCGCGCGCGCACUCGGCGAAGCUGGCGCAGGCCUCGGGUGAGGGGGCGGGGCCUCGGGCAGGGCGGGAAAAGAGUGAGACCGGGAGACUGCUGCGCAUGCGCACUCAGCGAGACCUGCAGCGCGCCAACACUUUUCCUGUCCUCCGCGUGAGGAGAGGCGCGAAGCGCGUGCUUGGCGUCUGUGUAGCUCUUCAUUCGCUGUCUUUCCUCCUCUGGGAAGAUGACGAGGCCAGCCAUCCUAUCUUCCUGCUUUGGGUCCGCCAGGCAGCCAGUUGGGACCCGCUACCACCUUCGGUCUUUUCUGCAAUACAGUGGAUACAAUUUGUUAUGGCUACUCUGAGUGUUAUAGGUUCAAGUUCACUUAUUGCCUAUAUUGUCUUCCAGAAUAUACAGAAAUCUCCAGAGAUAAGGCCACUCUUUUAUCUGAGCUUCUCUGACCUCCUCCUGGGGAUAUGCUGGCUCAUUGAGGCACUUCUCUAUGGAACUUCCGUAGUCAAUAAGGACAUUGUCUGCUAUAACCUGCAAGCAGUUGGACAGAUAUUCUACAUUUCCUCAUUUCUCUACACUGUCAAUUACAUCUGGUAUUUAUACAAAGAGCUGAGGAUGAAACACAAGCAGCAUGGACAGAGCACAUUUCCACCGGUUAUAGAUUAUACUUGUCAGGUUGGCCAAAUAGCCAUCAUUUUGUCAAGCCUGAUACCUCUACUGUUGAUGAUACCUGUAUUCUGUCUGGGCAAUGCCAGUGAAUGUUUCCACAACUUCAGCCAGAGCCACAGAUGUAUCCUGAUGUACUCACCACCAUCAGCCAUGGCUGAACUCUUGCCUUCUGCCGACGCAUCAGUCUGUAGCACACUUUAUUUUUAUGGGCUCACCAUUUUCCUAGCCAGCUUUCUACUCAGCCUCCUCACCAUUGUGGUCUUACUCAUCCAAGCCCAGACACUGUAUAAGAAGUUUGUGAAAUCGACUGGCUUUCUGGGGAGUGAACAGUGGGCAGUGAUUCACAUCAUGGAGCAGCGAGUGCGCUUCUACCCAGUGGCCUUCUUUUGCUGCUGGGGCCCGGCUGUCAUUCUGAUGAUCGUAAAGCUGACUAAACCACAGGACACCAAGCUUCACAUGGCCCUCUAUGUUCUCCAGGCUCUAACAGCAUCAUCCCAGGGUCUGCUCAACUGUGGAGUAUAUGGCUGGACACAGUACAACUUCUACUACCUAAAGCAAGAGGCUCGGCGUGAUGCGGACACCCAGACACCAUUAUUGUGCUCGCAGAAGAGAUUCUAUAGCAGGGGCCUACAUCCAUUGGAAUCUACCCUUGCUUUUGCCACCAGCACCUCCACCAUUCUUUGAAACUAUAAUACUGGAUCAUCCAAGGACUGGAGUUAUUCUACACUAAUGGACGGGGAAGAGUGUUGUGGAAGAGCAUCUUAAGUCUUUUCUAACCAUGCUUUAAACUCUGGAAGUGAAAGGGGAUAUAGUGCCUUGGUUAGUAGCUAUUCUAGGUGAAUUGUGUAGGACCUCUCCAUUAUUCAUAGAUUGACUAGUGAUUCUUAAAGUCUUUAUUCAGGGAAAUGAAGCCACUUUCCAUCUAAGAGAUAGACUCGUAUUACCUUAAUGAAUAUUAUAUUUGUCUAAGUCUCUUCUAGAAAAAAUAAAUUCCAGAUUAUUAUUUAUACGUGCCGUUACCAGACUCUCUACUCCAUGGCUGUGGGGGACGUAGGGUGGCACGCAACAGCGUACUCAGAUCUUACCAUUGCUAUUUCUCUCUCUCUGAGGUUGGACAAAGAAAGUCUUGGAUUUCUGUUCUUUGAAGUUUUGGGAAUUCAUAAGAAGCAAGGACAAUCACUGUCAAAAAAGUGGCAGUGGGAUGCUCAGACACACCACAUCCUAGUCUCUAGUAUGUUCAGUGCUGUUCUAGAUCUUGACAAUAGGGACCAUCCUGCUCUAGAAAAUUAAGGCCAAUCUUUUGAAGUUACAGGGGAUUAUAAAAUUUAAAAGAAAUCAGAACUAAAAGAACUCUAGAAAUCAAAAACUCUCAACUCUCAUUUACAAGCAGAAUCCAAGGUAGGUUCCAUAGUGCCUAGACAUAGAAUUAAGUUGAAGCACAUGAACUUGCCAUUUUUGUGGGUGGAAACGGUCUAAUCUCAAUUUUACAUGGUUCAACUUAACAGUAAAUGCUAAAUAUAUGCUUAUAGAAUAAAUGAAUGAAUAAGUGAAUA